AUGGCUGUCGGCAUCGAUACCGGCGAAUAUGAUGUCGUCAUCGUCGGUGGAGGGCCGGUCGGUCUGCUGAUGGCCUACCAGCUGAAGCGCUUCGGCGUGUCGGUCUGCGUGUUUGAGCAGUACGACAAGAACACGCAGGACGCCUACGGCCGCGCCAUUGCGCUCUUCCCCAGAACCACCGAGCAGCUUGACCAGCUCGACUUGAUCGAGCCCAUGCUGCAGCUCGGGUUCGCCUGCCGCACGAGUGUCACCUACAAGGAUGGUGAGAGAAUCAUCCCCGGCCGAGUCUGGACAUUUAUGGAGAACAUCAAGGACACCGCCUACGACUUUACACUUGUCCUGCGCCAGAUGUACACCGAAGAGAUCCUCCGUGAGAAGCUCGAGUCCAUUGGCGCGCCUUACUACCAAUCCGUUCAGUGCAUCGAUUUCGAGAUCGACCAGUCCGCGCCACUCAAUUCCUUCGCAGUGACGUCGAUUUUUACAGAUCUGAAGACGCAGAAGCCAUUCAAGCUGAAGAGCAAAUACCUCAUCGGCGCUGAUGGCGGCCGCAGUUUUGUGCGCCGACAUAUCGGCAUUCCCUUUGACGGUGACACCUCAGAAGACAAGUGGAUACGGAUUGACGGCAUCGUCGAGACUGAUAUGCCUCUGAACCGCUCCUACGGUGCCAUUGAGAGCAAGACACACGGCAAUGUCCUCUGGGCCCCCCUCGACCACGGCGCCACUCGCAUCGGCUACGCCUACACCCCGGAGAUCGCUGCCAAGUACCCCGACGGCGUGACCGAGGAAGUCGCCGUCAAAGAGGCCAUCGAAAGCAUGAAGCCCUUCCAUGUUAAAUUCAAGGAAGUCCACUGGUGGACACUAUACACAAUUGGCCAGCGCAUCGCGCGCACCUUCUCCGCAAAUGACCGCGUCUUCCUCUGCGGCGACGCCGCGCAUACACAUAGCAGCGGCGCGGCGCAGGGCCUCAACACGGGCAUCCACGAUGCCGUCAACCUGGGUUGGAAGCUCGCGCUGCAAAUCCGUGGCGUGACGAGCCCAGAGGUCUUGCGGACGUACUCGGCCGAGCGGUUGACGGCCGUGCAGCGCCUCAUCAACUAUGACAAGGAUAUCUCGCUUCUCAUGACGCACAAGUGGCCCUCGUGGUACAAGGGCGACCCGGACGCCGAUCCCUACCUCGUCCUGGGGCAGAUCUUUGAGGAAGCAGCGUCGUUCAAUACGGGGCUGGGGAUCACGUACCCAGCCAACGUGCUGAAUCAGGAAUCAAAGCUGGAGCUGGCAGUCGUACCGGGAAGCAGGCCGCCCGAUGUGGAGCUGACGAUGCCGGGCACGAAUCAGCGCGUGCGGUUGCAGCGUGUGACACGCAAUAUGGCCAAGUUCUGGGUCCUGGUGUUUACCGGGAACGUCGACGUGACGCGGUCAUCCGUCCAAAGGCUGGAGUCUCAUCUCGCGUCAGCGCAGGGAGUCAAGGGGCACAAGGCCGUUGGCUGGAUCACGGUCAGCCCCGUCGCCGGCUGCUCUCCCUACGAGGCAUUGGGCACCAAGCCGAUGGGGGACACGUACUUCGACACCAGCAGCUUGGCACACGAGAAGUUUGGUGUCAGCAUGAGCGAGGGCGGAAUGGCAGUCCUCCGGCCAGACGGGCUCCUUGGUUCAGCUGGCCCUAUUGAAGCCCAGUGGUUGUUAGAUUAUCUGACCAAGGUUUUAGUGUUGUAG